CAGCAGAAGUUGCGGCUACCGGGUCUGACACAUAACGUGUGCUUGAUGCUGCGAGCUCAAACUAGCCAAGCACGGACCUGUGAAGCUGAGACGCUCGAUAUGAUUCUCACUUGGUCGUUCCUUUAGUUGUCCGUUGAGAACCGGUGCCCGAUGUGAAGCGCUCGCAGAAACUUAGGGAAGGAGAGCGAGUCUGUGUGAGCUGAAAGGAUCCAUCUCCCAGCUGGGCUGGUCCAACCAUGGCGCAGGUCUUGGAAAGGCCGCGUUUGGCGGCGUCCGGUGCCAGGCCUGAGGAUGGUGUUCCGGACAUGACCGUGAUCAGCGAAAUCGACGAAAUUGGCAUCAACACCAACCUGAGAACUCGCUACAGCAAAGAGCUGAUCUACACCUACACGGGCACAAUCCUGGUUGCUGUGAAUCCAUACCAGUUCUUCCCUAUCUACGAAAAGGACACUAUUGAGAAGUAUGUGGGCAAGAAGAUGACCGGCGGUGUACCACACGUCUUCGCCACGGCCGAAUCAGCUUACACUCACCUGCAGAGCACUGCACGCAAUCAGUCAUGUGUCAUCAGCGGCGAGAGCGGGGCAGGCAAGACGGAGACAACCAAGCACAUCCUGCGCUACCUGUGUGAAGUGACCAGCAGUGAGGUACAGUGGGUACAGCAGCAGAUCAUGGAGGCCAACAUUAUCCUGGAAGCUUUCGGAAACGCCAAGACCAUUCGUAAUGACAACAGCAGUCGCUUCGGAAAGUUCAUCCAGGUCUGCUUCGACAAGAGUAAUCAGAUCAACGGUUGCGUCAUCCAGGACUACCUCCUCGAGCAGUCCCGCAUUACUUUUCAGGCUAAGGACGAGCGCAACUAUCACAUCUUCUAUCGCCUUGCCGCCGCUGGCGCUGCGAUUCCCGACGUCAAGAAGCAGUUCCUACUGGAACCAGCCCAGUACUACACCUACAUCAACCAGAGUGGUUGCUACGAGCUGGAGGAUGUGGACGACGUCAAGAUGUUCGAAAUGACCAAGCUGGCGUUCAACGUGCUCAACAUCACGCCGGAGAUGUGCGACGGUAUCUUCAGUGUUCUCUCGGCUAUCCUACUCGUGGGGAACUUAGAGUUCAAGGAUGUGGACGGUGAGUCAUGUGAGCUGACCAAGAAGGACAGAGACACGGUGAGCAAGAUUGCAACACUGCUCGGCCUCGGCAGGGAUGACGUUGCAAAGGUGGUGACCACACGGCAGCUAACCGUGCGCGGCCAGGUGACCGACAUUCCCCACAAGCUGCCAGAGGCCCGGGACAACCGCCAUGCCAUGGCCAAGGCAUUGUACUCGCGAACAUUCGCUUGGCUAGUGCAUCAGAUCAAUUUGUCAACGCGAACGGACAUCUCCAAGGCACGGUUCAUCGGAGUGCUGGACAUCUUUGGCUUCGAGAACUUUGGGAUCAACUCGUUCGAGCAGCUUUGCAUCAACUUCACAAACGAGAAGCUGCACAAGUUCUUCAACCACUACGUCUUUGCUCUGGAGCAGCAGAUCUACCGAGAGGAGGAGAUCAAUUUCUCUCACAUCCAGUUCACAGACAAUACAGCGUGUCUGGAGCUGAUUGAGAAGGCCCCAACAUGUGUACUGAGGAUGUUGGACGAUGAAUGCCGCUUUCCAAAGGGUACGGAUGAGUCAUACGUUGAGAAACAGCACGCCGAUCUCGGUGGCCAUCCAAACUACGUCAUACCGGAGGACAAGCGGCGUCUGAAGAUGGAGUUUGGAAUUCAGCACUACGCCGGCGCCGUCAUGUACAGCAUCUCUCACUUCCUGGAGAAGAACAAGGACGUGCAGCAGGACAUGCUGUUCGACUACAUGCGCAAGUCGAGCAUGGCGUUCGUCAAGGACAUCUGUAGAUUCCAGGACUUGCUGUCGGCCACACUGGAGUUGACAAAGACCAUCGCCGUCAACAAGGACAAGCUGAACGAAUCCAGCACGCAGCGUAGGGGCAAGCCCACAGUCGGUGACACAUUCAAGCAGCAGCUCAUGUGUCUUGUUGACGUGCUGGACACAACAACACCCUGGUAUGUGCGCUGCCUGAAGCCAAACUCCGUCAAGAAGCCAAAGGUCUAUGACGAUGAACUGAUCAUUACUCAGCUACGUUACUCCGGAAUGUUGGACAUCAUUCGCAUCCGGCGAGAGGGCUUCCCGGUGCACGUACCAGCUUCAUCGUUCCUGGAUAAGUAUCGCUGCCUCGCUGUCAAUGACACGCUGCCGAGCGAUGAGAAGAAAGCAGUGGCGCACAUCCUCAAGUCACUCAAGGUGCCGGAGACAGAGUGGCAGAUCGGGAAAACAAUGGUUUUCCUCAGGAACAGUGUGUUUGAUCCGCUAGAGGAACGCAGACUGAUCCUGCUCACCACCAAGAUUGUUCUCAUCCAGAAGGUGUGGCGUGGCUAUGUACAGCGACAAGCGUUCUUGAAGAAAAAAGCAGCGGCAGUCAGGAUCCAAUCUUGGUACCGCGGACGCAGGCAGCGCCUCUGGUAUAUCAAGCAACGUCGCGCUGCCAUUACUCUUCAGUCCCAUCUGCGUGGAAUGUUCGCAAGAGAAAUUUACGCUGCGCUGAAGGAGCAAAAGCGCAAGGAAGAAGAGGAGAGGCAACGGAAGCUGAGAGAACAGGAGGAGAAGCGACGCCUUGAGCUGCUCGCCAUGGCAGAGCGCGAUCGAGAGGAGGCACGGCAGAAAGCUGUACAAGCGUCACUGGAGUCAGCCCAGCGCGAACUGUACUCGCUGGCCAAGAUUGCAGAGUCCAAGGUGGACAAGGCACUGGGCUCCGGCGGCACCGUGGACCUGGACAAGAUGUUCACUUUCCUGGUGGAGGCGCCCAAGGAAGUGGCCAAGGAGCAGGACUUCCUGAGCGACUUGAACAAGGAGCUAGAUGGCAUGUUCCAGUCAUCACAGCCGAAGCCCGAAGGCGGGCGGACAGUGCGGAGAAAACGGAGAAUCGAGAAGAAGCUCCUGAUCUUGCAGGAGGAGGAAGAGGCGGCCAAGAAGCAGACGGAAACCGUCGAGGACCCGGCGCAGUUCGACAUGCUCACCUUCGCCGAGAAGUGGUUCAACAACCAUCCCAAGGACAUCACCGGACUAGGCACGUUCACAAUGAGGAGGAAGAAAUUCAGCAAACAGGAAGCCCUUCCCAAAGCAGACAUGAUUCGUUACACCAAGAGCCUGUCAAUACCGACGUCACUGAUCCACCUGCACGACCCGGAGAACGUCAACCUGGCCUGCACAAUCUGGAAGGACCUGUGCAAGUAUAUGCGUGGCGACUUGAAGCCAGAACAGGUGAACAUCACCAUCCAGAACAUCAUCGCCUACGCCAUCGAUCGACCGGAGCUGCGCGACGAGGUCUUCUGCCAGCUCAUGCGCCAGGUGACGGAGAACCCCCGUGAGGAGGACACUGACCGUGGCUGGCAUCUUCUCUGCCUGUCCUGUGCGGCCAUGACACCUGGAAGAUCAUUGAACAAGUUCCUCCAAGCCUUCCUGAAGAAGCACUUUGAGGAUGAGAAACGUCAGCGGUUUGCCAGAUGGUGCCUUGGUACGAUAUGUCUGACUCGUGUGGCUCCAAGAAAGCAUCCUCCUUCGGCCAUGGAGAUAUCGGCCGUGCGCAACCUCAAUCCGCUCAUCUGCCGAUUCUAUUUCCUGGAUGGCAAGGCAAAGGCAGUUGGAGUGGAUCCAUCCGCGACUGCAUCUGAUGUGCUGAGAGCUCUGGCCGAGAAGAUCGAACUGCAGAGCGUUGACGGAUGGGCGCUUUAUGAGCUGAAUCCGGAAGCAGAACACUAUAUCAAGGGCCACGAGUACAUCGCCGACAUCAUUGGCCAGUGGGAAAGGGACAAGAGAACAUCUGCCAACAUGUCACGCUACCAGACCGUAUCCAAGAAGGGACACAAGGAAGCGCUCGGCGGUGGCGACAGCAAGUUUGUCUUCCGCAAGCGCAUCUUCCGCAACCCGCGAGAAAUCCCGCAAGACCCGGUCGAGUACCACCUGAUGUACGCCCAGGCUGUGCACAGCGUGGUGCAGCUCGACGAGUUCCCGGUCAACGAGAAGGUAGCACUGCAGUUGGCCGGUCUACAGCUGCAAGUGCUGUGGGGCGACUACGAACCUGGCAAGGAUACGAGGUACAAUGAGCCUGCCUCGCACAUCCCGAGUCGAAUUCUGGAGGACAAGCCUCGGUCCACCGAGAUGUGGAGUGCGGCUUUGUCAGAAGCACACAGGGAAUUUGGAACGGGCAAGACUGAGAUCCAGGCCAAGGUGUGGUACCUGACAUCAGUGAAGCACUAUCCACUGUAUGGCAGCACGUUCUUCCCUGUCAGCUACAAGGGAUUCUGGUCGUAUCCCAACAACCUCAUACUCUCGGUGGACCUGAGCGGCUUCAAGUUCGUCAACAUGCGCUCAAAGGCGACCAUGGCCGACUUCCCGUGGACGCGGCUGGAGAGCGUCAGCGUGGAUCAUGAAGAUCCAGUGGUGGUCCUAAACAUGAAGGUCAGGAACCCCGAAGAGCAGAAGUGCUACAUGUUUGAAACGGUGCAGAAGGAGGACAUUGCCAACCUGAUCGCCAGCUACUCUCCGUCGCACAGCAACUGGUCAAGAGUCGGCGAAGCUAAGACCAAGACGUACCACUUGAGUGACGAGGAGAAGAUGAAGCUAUACGACGAGGUGCUGUCCGCUCGGAGAGCCCUGGCCGAGAACAACCUCCUGCAACGGCCUGUCGACACCAGCACAGGAUUCUUGACGACAACUCUCAGGCGGCCAAGUCGAGAGAAGCUGAUGCGCCUGCAGAAGCAGAAGGAGAACUUGCCGUUCGAGAAGGUCUUCAAGCAGAGUUUCUGGUCGUACAGCAAGAACCGACUAGCGCAGCCCAUAUCCAUUAUCAUCGGCGACGAGCUGGAGGACACGGGCUGCAAGAUGUUCCAGUCACUCUUGAUCUAUGCGGGCAUCGAGAAGGCUGGUGGCUUUGAGAUGGAGAGUGAUGAGCAGCACAUGGGUAUGGCACAGAUGGUCAUCUCAAAGUGCUUGGAGAAGGAAGCACUGUGCAAUGAGUUCUACUUGCAGCUCAUCAAGCAGACUACUGACCAGCCAGACCCCAACAGUCGCAUCAACAUUCAGAACUGGCGCUUCAUGGCAAUGACCUGUAGCAUUGUGGUGCCGCGGAGUAAAGAAAUCCUCAGCUACCUGAUGGCUCACCUGCGCAAGUGUGGAACGGACUCCAACACCGAGGAGGGCAAAUAUGCACAGUUCUGUAUGAAGUGUGUACAAAGAACAGGACAGAACAGAAAUCGCAAGUACCCGCCGUCAUCGCAGGAGAUCAUGUGUGUCACAAACAGACGCAAGAUCCACGCCCGCUUCUACUUCAUGGAUGGUCAGUUCCGCGCUCUGGAGUUCGACUCCGCUUCCACUGUCGAGGAGGUUGUAGCAAUCGUGAAGGAAAGAAUCGGACUGCAGAAGGCGGCAACUGGAUUCUCCCUUUUCGAAGUGUUCGGACAGCUUGAACGCAACAUGCUGCCGUCCGAGAAAGUCGCCGAUGCUAUCUUCAAGUGGGAGAAGUAUGCCAAGAGCACAGGGUCAGCACGAUCACUCAAACUCACAUUCAAGAAACGCCUGUUCCUGAAGCCGUUCAUCAACGCGCAAGACAAGGUCGAGUUCAACCUCGUGUUCAAUCAGGCCAUUGAUGACCUGGCUAAUGACCGAUUCCCUAUCAGCUACAAUGAAGGCGUCUAUGUCUGUGCACUGAGAUCACAGGUCUUGCUCGGCCCCUACACUGACCGACCAAGGUCAGACUACAGUUCUGUGAUUGAUGCUCUACUACCCAAGCACAUGCGACAGCCAAUGCAACCGGAUGACGUGGCACGUAAGCACCGCGAGCUCGGUGACAUGGGCACUGCCGAGGCCAGCCAGACGUUCUUCGACUUUGUACGCCAGUGGCAGAUGUACGGCUCGACCAUCUUCGAAGUCCUGCAAUCCUACACGGCCACUCUACCAAAGAACCUGUGGCUGGCGGUCAAUGAGCAGGGUAUCCACAUCAUGAAGAGGCGUGACAAGGAGCCACUGGUCACCUACGACUAUCGCAACAUUGUCAAUUACAGCCCCUCGCUGAAGAACUUGAUGAUCGUCACGGAGAGCUUGACGCGUGGCACAAAGUUUGUUUUCAACACCAGCCAGGCUUCGCAAAUUGCACACUUGAUCCGCGACUACACUCACAUCAUUGUGGAGAAGCAGCGCAAGGCCGUGGCAAAGCGACGCUAAGCACCACCACACCAUCCGUCCACAGAAUAAACAGUGGACCACCUGCUCAGCCAUUUGAAUAAUCGCAACUGUCUCCUUGUACCAUAUUUCCAACCCCCAAAGCAUGUAAGACAUACGCCACUAUUAGAACAAUUUUGCACCAUUUGACGCUGCCCAAAAGUUAUGCUCUCUUCCUGUGACAAAUCAACCUUUGCUUUGAAAGACCAUGAACGCUACACUGAAGCUUUUGCAUGAUACAACCAAUUAUCAAUGGUGUUCAUACAAAGUUUAUUUUGCAAAAUUCUUUUUUUUAUUUUGCCUCGUUUAAUAAUAGAUCUGUAUUUAUUUUGAAAAUAUUGCUGGAAAUGUGUCUAGAUACUGAUUAUGGUGAUCAAGAGUAGUGGACGUGACAGGCAAUUACUACACUACAAGAAUGUGCUUAAACUGUAUGUUGACACUGAGAGGCGAUAGCGGUCACUGGCAUGUGGCUCUCAGCUUCCCGGCUCGCUAGUUCCAGGAUGAUUGCUAAUUUUGAUGCUCCAUUCUACCGUACGUGCAUUCUCGCUUGUCCGCGGUGCCCAUGUGCAGAUGCACUGUCAUUGUCAAAAUCUGCUGCUUCUAGCAUUUAUCAUAUGCACUUCAUUUGAUCAGCUUUGGUUUUAAAAAUUUUAUUAAAUAGA